UCGCCGCGCUUAAAAAUAUAUCCACGGCGCCGUAAUAAACGAUGGACCUCCAACAGAAUCUAUUUGUCUAUAACUACCAACAAACCGACCCAUCAGAAUGCAUGGCUAACCGUGGACGCCGCAGCAAUUCCUCCGCUUUUCAGCCUCCUCAAUCCACCGUAGCCGGCGGCUCCUCCAGCCGCCACACAGUUUACCAUGGCAUCCGAUACCGAGCUGGAAAAUGGGUUUCUGAAAUCCGUGAACCAAACAAGACCAGCCGUAUAUGGUUAGGCACGUAUCCCACACCGGAGAUGGCGGCAGCAGCUUACGACGUGGCGGCAUUGGCUCUCAAAGGUGCGUAUGCAGUCCUAAACUUUCCUGACUCUAUUCUCUCAAACACACUUCCUGAGUGCCCCACGGCUGACGACAUCCGUGCCGCCGCAGCAAGGGCAGCCGCCGCUCGAGCGCCAACUAAUGAAAGUGGUGGUGGAAGCUUGACGACCACUGGAACAAUCCCUACUCAGGAAUUUAUGGACGACGAUACAGUAUUUUGUAUGCCACAUAUGCUGUCAGACAUGGCGGAGGGUAUGCUUCUAAGCCCACCGAGAGACGACUCUAAUCCGCCGGAACCGGAAGAAGAGACAGAUAACUCCGGUGGAGGGAAUCUUUGGGACUACUGAACACAACAUUGGUAUCAACCGGAAGCAUGAAUCACUGAAUACUCAUGCGAUUGUAAUUUUAGUUUCCCUCCAUUAUCUUCCGUUUACAAAUAAUUCUGAAGCUGUUAAGAUACGUGACAUGUAAGUCACCGAAUUGUAUCAAAGCUUGUAAUGCUUGUUUAAGAAGUGUGUUUAUGUACUAUAAAUAAUGUUAAGUGGUAUUGUGUGUAUUAUAUAUAAAUAAAAAAAUCCGGUU